CUGAAGAAACGAUUCUCCUGUACAUUGCCCUUGUAAUCGAUCGGAACUAUCGUACGAUAGCUAGGAUGAGACUUGUACCUCUAUUGGCGCUUCUUUUUGCACUUCAGUCGGUUGCGUUCGGACUGCCCCGUGCCGACUUCGGUAUCGCACCGGAUGUGCCGAACAGUGUGAAGGUUGCCGGCCGUGCCACCGCCCUACACCAAUCGUUCGACGAGCUGGACAACUUCACCGUCACCGUCCGGUCCGGGUACGAGCUGCUCGUACUCGUCGGCAAGCUUUUCACCUCGAUCGCUACCAAGCUGGCCGGCUCCGGCACGACGCUGAUGGAUACGAUCGUGACCUUGGCAAGCGAUGAUACCGGCCCGCUGGUGACGGUAUUUGCACGUGUCAAUCAAGCGCUGGCGGCACUCGACCAGCUGCUCAACGGUGGCUUAGGUGUGGAGCUAAACACUCUCACUAGCCGGUUGGGCCCAUCCCUUGCCGACCAGUUUAAGGACGGUUUCCGGGGCGUUAGUUUGGCGCUGCAGAAGCUAUCGACGGCCCUGGGCAAUCUGCAGGCAGCGCUAGAGCAAGCGCAGAAAGCGGCCGGCAGUGGACCGGUGACGUCAGUGCAUGUGAGACAGUUCGUUAGUCCGACAUUGGUGUCUCGGGUGUUGGGGGCGCUGGACGAGAUCGGUGCCGGACUUCCAACGAUUAUGUACGUUAUUAAGAGAACUGUUGGAUGAGUGGCUUGAGAGAAUGCUGA